AUGAGGGGCAAGACGAGUCAGUCGUCGACGUUCAACGGUUCCACCGCAGCCAGGCGGGCCAUCGAUGGGAACCGAAGUGGAAUGCUCCAGGACGGCUCCUGUGCACACACAGAACAGGAGACCAACCCAUGGUGGAGGGUGGACCUCCUGGAGGCCUUUCGAGUCACCUCGGUGACCAUCACCAACAGGGGGGACUGCUGCGCGGAGAGGAUCAACGGAGCAGAGAUCCGCAUUGGAAACUCCCUGCAAAACAACGGCAACAGCAACCCAAGGUGCACAGUGAUCUCUUCCAUACCAGCAGGGGGAGCCAGCACCUUCCAGUGCAACGGAAUGGAGGGCCGCUACGUGAAUAUCUUCAGGAGGGGUUACAAACAGCAUCUCACUCUGUGUGAGGUGGAAAUGUAUGUGGAGCAGGGCGGAACCACAAUCAUCAUGGCGACAGCCAGGUUCAGACAUAUCAAAUAG